CUUCCGGUCCGUCGCUGCCUUCGGUUGCUUUCCGUCCGCUCGGCGGCUCCCCUCCCCCCCGCCCGGCUCUCUGCGCCGCUCCCGGGCGCCGGGGCGGCGGGGCCGUCGGCGUGCGGCCUUUCCGUGCGUCCGCGCGUGCGCCCGAGUGUGCCUCCGUGUCCGCCGCCCGCAGCCAGGCGCGCGCCCCGCGACACCGAGGCCGAGCGGGGGCAGGGGGUUGCCCGCCAUGACCCCCCGGAGCCCGGCGUGAGGGGCCGAGGGCCUUUCCUUCUCAGAUGUGGUGAUCCACCAGCUCCUGCCGCUGUCUUCUUUCUCGAGUCCUCCAUCUCACCAUACCCCAGGGGGCUUGCCGCCCUCGCCACUGCCUGCCACCAUGUCGACCUCAUCACUGCGGCGCCAGAUGAAGAACAUAGUCCACAACUACUCAGAAGCCGAGAUCAAGGUCCGAGAAGCCACGAGCAACGACCCCUGGGGCCCAUCCAGCUCCCUGAUGUCUGAGAUCGCUGACCUCACCUACAAUGUCGUUGCCUUCUCUGAGAUCAUGAGCAUGAUUUGGAAGCGGCUCAAUGACCAUGGCAAGAACUGGAGGCAUGUCUACAAGGCCAUGACCCUGAUGGAGUACCUCAUCAAGACGGGCUCGGAGCGCGUGUCGCAGCAGUGCAAGGAGAACAUGUACGCCGUGCAGACACUGAAGGACUUCCAGUACGUGGACCGUGACGGCAAGGACCAGGGCGUGAACGUGCGUGAGAAGGCCAAGCAGCUGGUGGCCUUGCUGCGGGACGAGGACCGGCUGCGGGAGGAGCGCGCUCAUGCGCUCAAGACCAAGGAGAAGCUGGCGCAGACCGCCACGGCCUCCUCAGCAGCGGUGGGCUCUGGGCCCCCACCCGAGGCAGAGCAGGCGUGGCCGCAAAGCAGCGGGGAGGAGGAGCUGCAGCUGCAGCUGGCCUUGGCCAUGAGCAAGGAGGAGGCUGACCAGCCCCCGCCCUGCGGCCCCGAGGACGACGUCCAGCUCCAGCUGGCCAUUAGUUUGAGCCGAGAGGAGCACGACAAGGAAGAGCGGAUCCGCCGUGGGGAUGAUCUGAGGCUGCAGAUGGCCAUAGAGGAGAGCAGGAGGGAGACCGGCGGCCAGGAGGAGUCAUCCCUCAUGGAUCUUGCCGAUGUCUUCACGGCCCCCGCUCCACCACCAGCCUCAGACCCCUGGGGGGGCCCAGCGCCCAUGAGCGCCCCCACCUCGGACCCUUGGGGUGGGGGCCCUGUCCCUCCAGCUGCUGAUCCUUGGGGGGGUCCGGCCCCUACAGCAGCCUCUGGGGAUCCUUGGAGGCCUGCUGCUCCUACGGGGCCCCCAGUUGACCCUUGGGGUGGGACCCAGGCCCCUGCAGCUGGAGAGGGGCCCACGCCUGACCCGUGGGGGAGCUCUGACGGUGGGGCUCCAGUUGGAGGACCCCCUGCCUCAGAUCCCUGGGCUCCAGCCCCGGCCUUCUCAGACCCCUGGGGAGGGUCACCUGCCAAGCCCAGCACCAAUGGCACCACAGCAGUGGGGUUUGACACGGAGCCUGAUGAGUUCUCUGAUUUUGACCGACUGCGCACGGCCCUGCCGGCCUCUGGAAGCAGCACGGGGGAGCUGGAGCUGCUCGCCGGAGAGGUGCCCGCCCGCAGUCCUGGGGCGUUUGACAUGAGUGGCGUCGGGGGCUCUCUGGCUGAGGCUGUGGGCAGCCCCCCACCUGCAGCUGCUGCAACGCCGCCACCACCCACACGGAAGACUCCGGAGUCCUUCCUGGGCCCUAAUGCAGCCCUGGUCGAUCUGGACUCGCUGGUGAGCCGGCCAGGCCCUGCGCCCCCAGGAGCCAAGGCCUCCAACCCCUUCCUGCCAAGCGGAGCCCCGACCUCCGGCCCCUCCAUCACAAACCCCUUCCAGCCCACACCCCCUGCGACGCUCACCCUGAACCAGCUCCGGCUCAGCCCUGUGCCCCCGGUCCCUGGAGCACCACCAACAUACAUCUCUCCCCUUGGUGGGGGCCCUGGCCUGCCCCCCAUGAUGCCCCCAGGCCCCCCGGCCCCCAACACUAACCCCUUCCUCCUAUAAUCCAGGAGGAGGGGGGAAUUUGGCCUGGCCUGGCUUCCCCCAUUUCUGCUCCCUGGGAGACCAGUGUUGUGAGUGCAUGUGAAGCGGGGGACCCCCGCCCUAACCCCAGCACCCUCCCCCUCCUGGGGCCCACUCACACUACACCCUCUUCCAUGUCCCCCCGCCCCACCUCCCCGGAGAGAAACUGGACAUGGGAGAUGGGGAGGGGUGCUGGCCAGAGGAGGACCCCUUUCCUGUGGCAUUAGAGAGGGGAGGGACAGCCGGGGGUCCCCCCACCAUCCCUCUCCCUCCCAACUGGCCCCUCAAUCAGUGUUUGAGCCUUCUCAUCCCCAUGCACACCCCCUGGUGAAUCCUUGGUGAUAAUUUUGGCGACUUCGGGAAUAAAUGGCAGUUCUCAUG